AUGGAGGCUGUUGCUCUCUCUGAAGAUCUGUCCGAUUCCACUCAGCGUUCCGACUCAGACAGCAACCGGCAAAUUUACUUCAUUCCCUACAGUUGGUGGAGAGAUGCACAAGACUCAGUUUUGGGCGAUUCGGAUGGAAAGAGAGGGAUUUUGUAUGUGACCUCGCAAACUUCCUCGUAUGCUGGACCUAUGAAGAUUAUCAACAACAUUUUCAACUCAAAUCUUGUAUUUAAUCUCAAGCGGGAGGAGGAUACUGUGCACAGUGGUGAAAAUGGCGAAGUGGGUGUCUCAGGCCGAGACUAUGCAUUGGUCCCCGCAGAAAUGUGGGUUCAGGCACUCAGAUGGCAUAGUGAUUCUAAGGCGGCAGUGAAGGAUGGUAAAUGUUUUUCAGCUGCGGAAGAUGACAUGACCGAUGUCUAUCCUCUACAACUCAGACUUUCUGCUCCGCGAGAAACAAAUUCAUUGGGAGUAAGGAUUACUAAAAAGGAUAAUGCAGUUGAGUUCUUCAAGAGAGCCUGCAAAAUCUUCAGUGUGGAGUCUGAGAUGUUGCGCAUCUGGGACUUUUCUGGGCAGACAAACUUAUUUUUUACAAAUGAGAAAAGUAAGUUUCCAAGUUAUGAACGGCAGUCAGAAGGGGCUUGUACAAAAUUAAACAUUGCAGCUGUAAACGAACUGGUUGAAGUUGAACUUUGGCUUGAUAGCUUGGUAAACUCUGGUAUGAUGAGCUAA